CAUUAGCGAGGCGAAAGUAUGGAGAAUAGCAGAAAGUAUAAUCCCUACGUGAAAGUUCCACCGGGUGAGGAAAUUGUGAUCUCCGGUAUCGCAGGACGAUUUCCCGAUACAGAUAAUAUGAAGGAGUUACAAGAAAAUCUUUUUAAUACUUCGGACCUCGGUUCGGACGAUAAUCGACGGUGGAGCAACGUCAACUACGACAUGCCAACUCGGUCGGGAAAGAUUAAUAAUGUAGACAAGUUCGACGCGCAAUACUUUGACAUUUCACCUGUGGAAGCGCAUGUCACCGAUCCCAUGUGCAGGUUGUUGCUCGAACACACUUACGAAGCGCUUACUGACGCUGGAGUAAAUCCUAAGGAAUUACGAGGAACAAAAACCGGUGUCUUCAUAGGAUCAUGUUACUGUGAGACGGCCAACGACAUGCUCUAUUGCAGGGCUCAAGUACAAUAUUAGAUGAUAUUAAAGAUAUGAAAGGAAUUUUAGGACGACCGAAUAUUUCGGAAAAGAAAUAAUGAAGUAGAAAUAUUAUAAGCAAACGUUAUACCUUUGCUUCAAGCACAUUUUCUUGCAAAAUUCUUGAUUACGCUAAAUAUCCUUGUUUCCGAAAUGUUCGU